AUGGAUAUUUCCAAGCCAGUGGGCUCGGAAAUCACAUCGGUGGACUUUGGAGUGCUCUCCGAUGGAGAGACGCAGAAGCUCUCAGCAAAGCAGAUUGUAAACCCCAUCGUGUUUGACAACUUGGGUCAUCCUGUCCAAGGGGGACUCUACGACUUGUCCCUUGGUGCAUUUUUGCGAAAUGUGUGUACUACGUGUGGCCUAGAUGAAAAAUUCUGUCCUGGCCACAUGGGCCACAUUGAGUUGCCCGUGCCUGUGUACAACCCCAUGUUUUUCAAUAUGAUGUAUAUAUACUUGAGAAGUUCGUGCUUGUAUUGCCACCGUUUCAAAUUGAGUCAGCUCGAAGUCAACUUCUUUAUGAAUAAGUUGGAGUUGGUUCAGUAUGGGCUCUUGUUGGAGUGUGAAGAGUUGGAGCAUAUUGCUACUCUGUCGAGAUCCAAGAAAAAUGGUGGUGGUGGUGGUGGUGAUGACGAAGAAGAAGAUGAUGAAGGAGAUGAUGACGAUGGCGGCGUACUGGGUGUUGACGCCAAGACUAGAAAGGAGUUGAUGGAGAGGAGGCAAUCCUUUGUCAAGAACGCCAUUGCCGAUGCCUUGAAGGAUGGCAGAACUUCUGCGCGUGGGGUCAUUACUGCGUCUGUUGGGGAAGAACGGAAGGAAAUCAUACACCAUUUCUACAGCAGAUUGUUGAGCAGGCCCAAGUGCAGCAAUUGUGGGAUGUACUCGCCUUCGUUCAGAAAGGACGGGUUUGUCAAGAUUUUCGAAAACUCGUUGAAUGACAAACAGAUGGUCAAUAACAGAGUGCGAGGAGGGAAAAGAUUGGACAUGUUGAAGAAAAACGGCGAGGCUAAAAAAGGGUCGAGCGUGAGUGAUAUCCCUCAUAUCAAGCAUAAGGGUGGCUCCAAAUACGUUUUGGCUUCAGAAGUGAGAAACGUCUUGAAGGCCGUUUUCGAAAAUGAGCAACCGGUGCUACAAAAAGUGUUUCACUCGAGACCGUACCAACAUGACUAUGUCAGUGGCGACAUUUUUUUCAAGCAAGCAAUUUUGGUGCCGCCAACGAGAUUCAGGUUACCCUCGAAAUUGGGCGACGAGAUCCACGAAAACCCUCAAAAUGAGCUUUUGUCCAACAUUUUGAAAACCUCGGUGUUGAUUAGAGACUUGAAUAUGCAGAUUUCGCAGUUGUAUAAGGACAAAAUCAGCGGCGAGCAGAAAAAAGUGCUAUUCAACAGACUCAUGAACUCGUUUGUUACUUUGCAAAACGACGUCAAUGCAUUCAUCGACUCCACAAAGAACCAAAAUGCCCCAGCUGGUAAGCAACCGAACCCAGGUAUCAAGCAGGCGUUGGAGAAGAAAGAAGGGUUGUUUAGAAAACACAUGAUGGGUAAAAGAGUCAAUUAUGCUGCGCGUUCGGUCAUUUCGCCCGAUCCAAAUAUCGAAACAAAUGAGAUUGGGGUUCCACCCGUCUUUGCCAAAAAAUUAACCUAUCCUGAACCAGUCACGGCGCACAAUGUGUCGGAGUUGAGACAAGCAGUGAUCAAUGGGCCUGACGUGUGGCCCGGUGCAGUGCAAAUUCAAAACGAAGAUGGAAGAUUGGUUUCGUUGAUUGGAAUGUCUGCAGAACAGAGAAAAGCCUUGGCUAACCAACUUUUGACUCCAUCUUUUGGAACUGGCGCUGCAGGAGGAGCAUCAUCAGGUUCGGUUGUGAAUAAAAAAGUUUAUCGACAUCUCAAAAACAAGGAUGUUGUCAUUAUGAAUCGUCAACCUACCUUGCACAAGGCCUCAAUGAUGGGCCAUAAAGUGCGGGUCCUACCCGGUGAGAAAACUUUGAGGUUGCACUACGCCAAUACUGGUGCUUACAAUGCCGAUUUCGAUGGUGAUGAAAUGAAUAUGCAUUUCCCUCAAAAUGAAAAUGCCAAAGCUGAAGCUUUGAAUUUGGCCAAUACUGAUAGCCAGUACCUCACGCCUACUUCGGGCUCCCCUUUGAGAGGUUUAAUUCAAGAUCACAUUUCCGCGGGUGUUUGGUUAACCAGCAAGGACUCCUUUUUCGACAGAAACACGUAUUACCAGCUUAUUUACGGAUGCAUUAGACCCGAAGAUGGCCAUACCUCGAGAAGCAAAAUCAUCACCGUGCCACCGACAAUCUUCAAACCCGAGUAUUUGUGGACUGGUAAGCAGGUCAUCACCACCAUCUUGUUGAACAUCAAGCCUGAAAACGUCCCCGGUGUCAAUUUGAUAUCAAAGAACAAAGUCAAAAAUGACUACUGGAGCAAAGACAGCAACGAGAAUCAAGUCAUCUUCCACAAUGGUGAACUCUUGAGCGGUAUUUUGGACAAGUCGCAAUAUGGUGCCUCGCAAUUUGGAAUUGUGCAUUCAUUGCACGAGCUUUACGGGCCAGAUGUAUCUGGUAAAGCAUUGAGUGUGCUCGGGAGACUCUUUACAAACUUUAAUACCAUGUAUGCAUUGACUUGUGGUAUGGACGAUUUGAGACUAACUGAGGAUGGCAAUGCAUGGAGAAGGGACAUUUUGAAGCAAUCUGUUGACAUUGGCCGAGUUGCAGCUGCCGAAGUGACAAAUUUGCCUGAGGAUACCGCGAAUGACAAUAAGGAAUUCAAGAGAAGAUUAGAAGAAAUCUUGAGAGACGACAAUAAAUUGGGCAUUCUUGAUGCAAUCACGCAAUCGAAAGUCAAUACCAUCACGUCUCAAGUCGUUUCGAAAUGUGUUCCUGAUGGAACAGUGAAGAAAUUUCCGUACAAUGCCAUGCAAGCCAUGGCCUUGUCUGGUGCCAAGGGUUCCAACGUUAAUGUUUCUCAAAUCAUGUGUCUCUUGGGACAACAGGCAUUGGAAGGUAGAAGAGUGCCCGUGAUGGUUUCAGGCAAGACUUUGCCAUCGUUCAAGUCGCUCGAGACUGACGCGAGAGCCGGUGGCUACAUCAAACAGCGAUUCUACUCUGGUAUCAGGCCGCAAGAAUACUACUUCCAUUGUAUGGCCGGUAGAGAAGGGUUGAUUGAUACCGCCGUCAAGACCUCGAGAUCUGGUUACUUGCAACGUUGUUUAACCAAGCAAUUGGAAGGCGUUCAUGUCAACUAUGACAACUCGGUGAGAGAUGGCGAUGGCACCAUGAUUCAGUUCCUUUACGGUGGUGACUCCAUCGACACCACUAAACAAUCGCACAUGAACCAAUUUGAGUUUUGCUUGGAGAAUUACGAUGCGUUAUUGGCUAAGUAUAACCCUGGUGACAUGGUUGAAAACUUGGAUACCGACGAGGCCUUAUCGUACACCAAAAAGGUACGCAAGUCGUUGAAGAAGCAAAAAGACGUGCCACAUUACGAUCAAGUGGUGAAAUACGAUCCUGUUCUCAACGUUUACAAUCCUUCGAAAUACCUUGGUGCCGUAUCGGAGAAGUUCCAGGAGAAAUUGGAAUCGUUUGUGCUGAGCAACGCACACUUAUUUGCUCACUCUAAGGAAGAAGCUAAAUCGACGCAUAAGCUUACGGAGAAGAAGUUUAGAGCAUUGAUGCAAUUGAAGUAUAUGAGGUCUUUGGUGAACCCCGGUGAAGCUGUCGGUAUCGUUGCUUCUCAAUCUAUCGGUGAGCCAUCGACGCAAAUGACGUUAAACACCUUCCAUUUUGCAGGACACGGUGCGGCAAACGUCACCUUGGGUAUACCGCGUAUGAGAGAAAUCAUCAUGACGGCCUCGGCCAUGAUCAAGACCCCGCAGAUGACUUUGCCGCUUUUGAACGAUGUCAGCGAUGAAAUGGCUGAUGCAUUCUGUAAAUCAAUCGGACGAGUGGUGAUGUCGGAAUUUGUCGAUAGCGUCACUGUUACUGAAAACACAUCUCAAGAUGAAGACGGGCUGAAUACCCGGUCCUAUGUGAUACACUUGGGAUUCUACACCAAGGACGAAUACGAGGCUGAAUAUGAUAUAAGUCAAAGUCAAAUGGAGCACGUGUUGACGCAUAGCUUUAUCCAUCAUUUGGAAGCGCAGAUUGUCAAGGAGGUUAAAAAGCAAAAGAAGCCUGAGCAUAUGCCUACCGUUGGCAAAUCUGCAGGUAAAACCGAUAUGGAAUCUGUUAGUGGUAAAAUCAAGGAAUUGAGCGAUGACGAGGAUGACAAUGAGGAGGACGAUGCAGAUGAAGAACACGAUAAGAAUAAAGGUAAACAGCAAGUAUCGUACGAUGGUCCCGAUGACGAUGAAGUUGAGACUAUGAAACGUGCAGAAGAGACCAGUGAUGAAGAGAUGGCUGAUGCUGACGAUGACAAUGACAAGGACAACUCAUCGUCAUCAUCGCUGGAAUCAGAUGACGAUGACGAUGAUGAAAAUGAUGGAAAGGACGUGGAUAUGGAGGCACCGAAGGAGCUCUCGAGACAGGCCAAAGACCGUCAAGCUGAAGUGAUUGCACAGCAUAAUAUGGUGACGGCGUUUGAUUUCGAUGAUGACAAUGGCCAGUGGUGUGAGUUCAAACUUGAGCUCAACGGCAACGAAACGCAAAAGCUCUUGAUGGUCAACAUUGUGGAGGACUUGUUGCGUCGUAGCGUCGUGCGUGAGAUCCCCCACAUUGGAAGAUGCUUGCGCCCCGAUCCCGACGCCGCUACGGGCAAGAGGGUCCUCACCACCGAAGGGGUGAAUUUCAAGGCCAUGUGGAGCCAAGACGACUUUAUCGAUGUCAACCUGAUCACUUCGAAUGACGUUGCCUCAGUGUUGGCCACGUAUGGAGUUGAAGCAGCCAGAAACACGAUUGUUAAUGAGAUUUACCGAGUUUUCGACACUUAUGGUAUCAGUGUCUCUGCUCGCCAUUUGGAGUUGAUUGCUGACUACAUGACUAGAGAGGGAACAUACUUGGCUUUUAACAGACAAGGUAUCGAUAGCUCAACAUCGAGCUUCAUGAAGAUGUCGUAUGAGACUACCUGUCAGUUUUUGACUAAAGCAGUGUUGGAUGGUGAUCGUGAAGAGUUGGAGAGUCCCUCAGCCAAGAUUGUCAUGGGUAAGUUGUCUAAUGUCGGUACUGGAUCAUUUGACGUUUUCGCCCAAUUGCCUAAAAGUAGUUGA